CACUAGAGAUCAUAGAUAGAUACGACUUAUUAUUAUUUCAAAAUAAAAUUGAUUAGUAUUGAAAUGGCUCGCACUAAGCAAACAGCGCGCAAGUCUACGGGUGGUAAAGCACCGAGGAAGCUAAUUGCCACGAAAGUUGCAAAGAAAAGUGCACCUGCUACUGGCGGCGUGAAAAAGCCUCAUCGUUAUAGACCGGGUACUGUUGCACUGCGUGAAAUUCGUCGUUAUCAAAAAAGCACUGAACUACUUCUACGUAAAAUUCCGUUUCAACGAUUGGUUCGAGAAAUCGCUCAAGAUUUCAAGACCGAUUUACGAUUCCAGAGCACUUCGAUUAUGGCUCUUCAGGAAGCUUGUGAAACUUACCUGGUUGGUCUUUUUGAAGAUACCAAUUUGUGUGCCAUUCACGCCAAAAGAGUUACCAUCAUGCCAAAGGACAUGCAAUUGGCACGUCGUGUUCGAGGAGAACGUAAUUAA